GAGCCUCGACUUAAUAAUUUUUUUGAACCCGUAAAAUUCCACGAUCACCCACUAUAAUAAUUCAUCAUGCCUCAAAAUGAGUAUAUGGAAAGAUGGCGCAAGCUACAUGGUCGCCGCCUCGACCAUGAAGAGAGAUCGAGAAAGAAGGCAGCAAGAGAAGGUCAUAAAGCAUCUGAUGAUGCCCAGAAAUUGACUGGUCUACGUGCGAAAUUGUAUCAACAGAAGAGGCGUCAUGAGAAGAUUCAAAUGAAGAAGCAAAUCAAGGCUCAUGAAGAACGAAAUGUGAAAUCUUCUGCGCCAAACGAACCUUCGACCAAACCCUUGCCACAAUAUUUGCUCGAUCGAUCGAAUCCUACCAAUGCUAAGGCUUUGUCGAGCGCAAUCAAGAACAAGAGAGCAGAGAAGGCCGCUAAAUUUAGUGUGCCUUUACCUAAAGUCAGGGGUAUCGCAGAGGAGGAAAUGUUCAAGGUGGUGAAGACUGGAAAGAAGACCGCAAAGAAGAGUUGGAAGCGUAUGAUCACCAAGCCAACUUUUGUUGGACCAGACUUCACAAGAAGACCUGUCAAAUAUGAGCGAUUCAUUAGACCUAUGGGUUUACGUUACAAGAAGGCAAACGUCACUCACCCAGAGCUCGGUGUGACUGUGCAGCUACCUAUCAUCAGUGUCAAGAAGAACCCACAGAACCCAAUGUACACCCAACUGGGUGUUCUCACCCGGGGUACUAUCGUUGAGGUUAACGUAUCUGAUUUGGGUCUAGUCACAGCUGGAGGAAAAGUCGUUUGGGGUAGAUGGGCACAGAUUACUAACAAUCCUGAAAACGAUGGAUGUGUUAACGCUGUACUUCUCGUCUAAAACUUCCUUCUGUCAUUAAAUCUGCAUUCACGCAUGGUGUUUAGGCGUUGUAAAAACGGAAAUGAAAAAAGGCUAGUGUGCUCGCUUUCAAAUUUAGAUGGAGGAGGCUGGCUGUGCGCCGUUUGGUCAGCGAAAACCAAGUAAAGUUAACAUUAUAAUAAGAAUUUAUUUUCAAAUGAUUUUAACA